GGUUUCCUCCCAUACGUCGUCAAUUCCCUCGGGACCGCCUCCGAGUGGGAGGAGGUUACCUUCCCACUGAAACGCGAAAUUUCUAUUCUGCCAGAGGCGUAAUUAAGAGUAAGAAAUAUGGAACGUUUUGGUGUUGAUUUGUUGUUAAGAUUAUGGCUGAUUGUUAUAAUAACAGUGAGUUGCAAUGCCACGGUAUCAAAAAAAUCGUAUGACAGUCAAAUACCGACCCAAGGAUUGUACAAUGCCAGUGAUAAUGUAGUUAUUUUAAACGCGACUAAUUUUAAGUCUUCUGUCUAUGGAGAUACAAAAGGUUGGUUGGUCGAAUUUUAUAAUAGUUGGUGCGGUUUUUGUUUUCGAUUUGCACCUUUAUGGAAACAGUUCGCCAAUGAUAUUUACGGAUGGAGAGAUAUUGUAGUAGUUGCUGCAAUAGAUUGUGCAGACGAUGAUAAUAAUCAAAUCUGUCGUGAAUACGAGAUUAUGCACUACCCAUUGAUUAAAUACUUUUCUGUAAAUGCAAAUCCAUCCUCAUUGGGUUUAGUAAUGGGAAAAUAUGAUAAUGUCGACGAGUUUAGGCAUAGUUUAAUUGAUUUAUUAGAAAAAGAACAACAAGAAGGACGAGGUACUUCGUGGCCUAAUAUUACACCAUAUAGAAACUAUGAAAUAACAAAUGUUUGGAAAGGUGUACAGAGUACUGUGAAAUAUUACUUUUUAUUGUUUGAGAAGACAGAUUCGCAUUUAGGUGCAGAAGUAAUAUUAGAUAUGCAUAAAAUUACAACAUUACAAAUGAGAAGAGUCUUAUCUGAUAAUGAGUUAUUAUGCGAAACAAAUAAAGUUACCAAUUUUCCAAGUUUAAUAGCUUUCAGUCGUAAUGAAACACAAAAGUUUCUUAAAAUUAGGGUACCUACAAGAGAAGGUGUCUUUGCUACCAUUAAAGAAUUCAUGACUUCAAGAGGAGAAAAUUUACAACUAGAUGAACAAAGCUCUACAAAAAGUCAUUCAAUAGAAAAUGAAAAUCAUAAUUUAAAUACAAACAAUUCAAAACAUUUGCAAGUGACAGCAUCACAGAAUGCAGAGAUAACUGAUGAUUAUUUGUACCAAUUGGAUUUGGAAAAUACUUUGAGAUUUUCUAUCAGCCAUGAAGUUCCAUUACAUAAAGUAAUCAAGGAAGAAAAAAUGGAUGCAUUAAAAAAGUAUUUCAAUGUAUUAGCUGAAUAUUUUCCUUUAAGACAUAGUAACAUCUAUCUAGAAACAAUUCGCGAUAUUAUUAAAAACCGGGACAAUAUAUCUGGAGAGGAAUUUAGUCAGAUAAUAAAAUCUACAGAAGAAGAAAUGUCUCCAAUAUAUUCUGGGCCACCACAGUGGAUUGGGUGCAAAGGGAGUAUGGAAGGAUAUCGUGGAUAUCCCUGUGGUCUUUGGACAAUGUUCCAUAUGUUAACAGUUAAUUAUGCUGCUGUAAAAAAGAAUACCGAACAUGAACCAAGAAAGAUAUUAGAAGCGAUGCAUGGAUAUAUAAAACACUUUUUUGGAUGUGCCGAUUGUUCGCAACAUUUUGUACAAAUGGCUGCAAAGAAUAAAAUGUUUGAUGUUUCUAACGACAAUGAGAGUAUUUUAUGGUUGUGGUCAGCUCAUAAUGAAGUAAAUGCAAGAUUAGCAGGUGAUGCUACCGAAGAUCCAAAGCAUAAAAAGAUUCAAUAUCCAACAGUAGAACAUUGUCUGAAUUGCAAAUACGAAAAUGGUACUUGGAAUGAAGAAAAUGUUUUACAUUAUCUCAAGAACAAAUAUAGCUACAAAGAAAUAAAUUAUCAUGGGUCAGUUGACGUGCGUAAAGAUAACGAUAAUAAAAUGAAAAUAAGACAAGAAAGGCUUGUACUUAGUAAAUAUACAAGCACCAAAAAAAUUGGAUGGGAUUUCACAAUUUUUGAUAUAAGUAUCUGUGUCGUGUUAUAUAUUACAUCUGCUGUCAUACUAAUAUUAGUAUGCAUAAAAUUUGCAGUAAAAAGAACUUACAGAAAAAGAGCCUAUAUCAGCUUGCUUGGUAAAGUGUAAUUUUUAUUUUCAUUAACUAAAACUUGUGAAUUUUGGAAAACAUACGUACAACAGAAACGAAUAAGAAUGUGAUCGAGAUACGAUUGUAUUGUACAUAUUUUGUUCUCUUUUAAUAGAUUGCCUUUCUUUUAUACAUGACUGUAGUGUUGAUAGAUACAUAGCUUUAAUUGUUUUCUUAACUAUGUUGACUAUAGUUGUUCCAUGUAAAACAUAGUAGUGUAUAUUUAUUUUGCUUAUAUUUUAAUUAGUAAAGUACAAGUAAUUUCUUUUUACUCAAACUUUUUUUGUAACUUAGCGUUUACUUGUAGAUAUAAAGUUUCAGUGCUCAAUACAAACAUUGUAUAUUUAA